AUGCCUCAACCGAAUCAAGAAGAAAUUGGUUAUUAUAAUUCAGCAGCCGACAUUCCGGAUGAUUCGUCUAAGUCCAAAUCAAGCGGUGGUCUACCGGAUUCUUACAAGGACAUAGAGGCAGACACGACAAACAGUUCAGAUCCGGCUGAUGAUGACGAUAUAGCGGACGUUGAAUGUCACAAAGAGCCGCCGAGAACAAGAACGAAUAGUGCUUACGAAGAGAUGGAUGAACCGGAAUAUCUGGACGAAGAUGUCACCGGUCCGAUGAAGUAUGUGGCCGUUGUGCAGGAUGGCAUCGGCGGUUUCGUCACUAAAUAUAAUAAAUAUCUCAAAUGGGCCAUUGGCCUUAUAAUUCUGCUACUAUUUCACGCUUAUUUAAUAUACGCGUUAACACUUAAUUUUGAACGCGCUGAGACAAUAAUGAUAUUGGUGUGUAUUGCGUGGGGUUUGACCAUAUAUUACUGUUUGCUGAAACGAUUUUUGGGCGAAAUUGCCUAUCGAACUAUAUAUAAACCUCUGAAGGUAGUGUACGAUAGAAUUUGGAGUAUUUUCAUCAUUCGAAUCACAUUUUACAUUCUUGUUGCAUGCGCAAUACUAGCAUUCAUUAUUGUGGACACUCGAAAUGAUCGUCGCCGACUGAUCGGGUUGUCUGGAAUGGCAUUCUUCCUGGCCUUCAUGUUCCUGGUGUCACAUAACACGGCCAGAAUCAACUGGCGUCCAGUCGCUUGGGGUUAUUUCAUACAAUUCAUAUUCGGAUUGUUAAUUCUACGUUGGGAUUGGGGAAAAGAUAAAUUCGAAAAACUGUCGUAUUAUAUCGUCGGUUUUCUUGACUUCACCUACUCGGGCACUUCAUUCGUUUACGGAUUCUUGUCAGCCCCUCCGAAUAUAUGCGGAAUGGAUCCGGUUUUUGCCUUCUCGUCAAUUCAAGUGGUCGUCUACUUUGGUGCAAUAGUCUCGUUACUGUACUAUUACGGCAUCAUGCAAGUGGUUCUCAAGAAGAUGGCAUGGAUUGUGCAGUUGACUCUCGGCACAACGGCCACUGAAUCGCUGAACGCGUGUGCUUGCAUCUUCCUUGGCCAGAGUGAAGCACCUCUCCUGAUCAAGCCUUAUCUAACGAAAAUGACCGCUAGUGAAAUCCACGCAGUGAUGACGAGUGGUUUCUCGUGUAUUGCUGGCUCGCUGUUCGCUGCGUACAUCAGUUUCGGUGCAUGCUCUACAUACCUUUUGUCUGCAACAUUGAUGAGUGCUCCGGGAUCAUUGGCCUGUUCGAAGAUCAUGUAUCCUGAAACGAAGAAGUCACAACUGAUCAAUAUCGAGGACUUGGAGUUGCCGAAAGGACAGGAAAGUAACGCUUUAGAGUGUAUCAGUAAUGGGGCGGUGAUGGCUGUGGAUUUGGUGAUGGCCAUCAUUGCGAAUUUAAUCGUCUUUCUGGCACUGCUCGCUUUCGCGAAUAAUGUUGUCGCGUGGUUCAUCAGUUUACUUGGCUACGACGGGUGGAACCUCGAGGUUCUGCUCGGUUAUAUAUUUUUCCCGGUAGCUUAUUUGAUGGGAGUAACGGCAAGUGCCGAGCAAACGUUGCGAGUGGCACAGUUGAUGGGUACAAAAACCAUGCUGAAUGAGUUCAUUGCGUAUCAACGACUCGGUGCAAUGGUUGCCGCAAAUCCGCCGUUGUUGACGCCUCGAUCGCAAAUGAUCGCAACAUAUGCGUUGUGUGGCUUCUCGAAUAUCAGUUCGAUUGGUAUCCAGUUGGGUAUUAUCGGCGGGAUGGCACCCACCCGUAAAGCUUUACUCUCGAAAGUAGUCAUUCGAGCGCUCAUCUCCGGUUGUAUAUCUUGUUUCUGGACAGCGUCCCUGGCUGGCAUUAUCGUCUCGGAGCCAAUCUCAUGCCCAAGACCAUUAGAGAGUGCUUCAUGCUUUAACGUCACCGAAUACCAGCACUUAUUAGCUAAUGCCACAAGUUUGAGCACACUCGCGCCAACAUUAUUACCGAAUGUAACGUCAAUGCUAAUCAAAACUGAACUAUAA